GGUUAAAACCCUGCUAAAAACCCUGGCCAUCCUGGGAAAUAAGCCACAACCCUCCAGAAUGAAAUUCGUCUCCCGUUCUGUCUCCAAAUCCUACCUCUCCACUCACCACCACCGCAACACUAACUGCAUACCCUUCGUGGAUGCCACCGCCGCCACAAUCCCAUGCGUCAGAGACCGAGGCCUUGACCACGUGGUGGAGCGAGAGAAGAACCUGAACCCACUCCUUAACAUCAAGAACAUCAUCAAAUCAGAGCCGUCCAAGUCGCUUCCAAUCUCCAUCAUCACCCAACAAAAGGACUUCCUCAAGGUCCCCACUCGCCCCAUCGAAUUCAUCCGGAAGUUCCCUUCAAUCUUCCAGGAAUUUCUCCCUGGCGGGAUCGGAAUCCAACCCCACAUCAAGCUCACCCCCGAGGUGCUCAAUCUCGAUGCCGAAGAGCAGUUAGUUUACCAGAGUGACUCUUACAAGCAAGACCUGGCCGAUAGGCUACUGAAGCUGCUGAUGAUAUCGAGAAUCAAUAAGAUACCUUUAAGGAUUCUGGAUAUGUUGAAAUGGGAUCUGGGUCUUCCCCAAGAUUACAUCAAAACUCUCGUCCCAGAGUUUCCCGACUACUUUCGGGUUGUGAGUGGGGAAGGGUUCUCAUCUGGGUCAGAGGAUACUGGCGAGUUGGAGUUGGUUUGCUGGAGUAAUGAACUGUCCGUCUCUGUUUUGGAGAAGAAGGCUACGAAGGGGGAAAUGGGGUACUCAAAAGGAAUGCCGAUAGCAUUUCCUAUGAAGUUUUCGAGGGGUUUUGAGAUGGAUAAGAAGGUGAAGAAGUGGGUUGAUGAAUGGCAGAAGUUACCUUAUAUAUCGCCAUAUGAAAAUGCUGGCCAUCUUUCACCUAAGAGCGAUGAAUCAGAUAGGUGGGCAGCUGCAGUUCUGCAUGAAAUUAUGAAUCUUUUUGUGGCGAGGAAAGUGGAAAGAGAAAAUGUGUUCUGCCUUGGGGACUAUAUGGGAAUAAGGUCGAGGUUUAAGAGAGUUUUGCUUCACCAUCCAGGCAUUUUUUACUUGUCAAGUAAGUUUGGGAGUUAUACUGUGGUUUUGAGGGAGGUUUACAAGAGGGGUUUGUUGAUUGAGAGUAAUCCAUUACUGGGCAUUAGAAGUCAGUAUAUUCACCUCAUGAAUACUGUUAAGGAAAAUAACAAAGCUAUUACUGUCCCAAGUGGAAGCAAGCAAAAAGAAAAGGGAGCAAUCAAAGACGACGAGUGUCACGAUGAUAGUGCAGACAAUAAUUCUGCGGAGUCUGGUUCUGAGGUUGAGGAUUUUAGCGACGACGAUUAUGAAGAUAAUGAUGAGGAUGAGGAUGAGGAUGGUGCAGAUAGAAAGCAGGGUCAAAGAGGUUUUCACAGAAAUCCAGUCGAUGGUAGAGGUAGAACUAGUAGGCAGAAGGAUUUGGAUUUGAAAAGGCAUGCUGGAAAUGUUCAAGGAGAAAGAACAACAGGGAAAUAUGAUCGUAAGACUGUGCACAGGCGUCCACUGAAAGCUUCUAGAAGAAAAGAAGUACACGGUGGACAUAGCUUGCGGCAAAGUUCAAAAGAGUGGUCAAAGUCAACUCAAAGCAAGAGGAGGUCAUUGUGGAGCAAGGAAACUUCUACUUAAUAUAGAAUGAUUCAUUUGCUAGAUAACAUCUAAGCAGGGGUAUCCUGUCUGGGCCAAGGUUCAUAAAUGGCUCCACCUUUCUUCAAAUGAUUUGGGAGUAUAAAGCCAGGCAUGUACAGUGCCUACCUGUGCCUCUGAGGAACAGGGUCAACCUCGUUGGUUUCAGAAGUCCAAGGCUGUUGCUGCAAUGCCCCAUCCUAUUCUUGAAACAAGGCUUUGAACUCUAGUUCAAAUAUCAGGCACGGUAUUAUGCAUGGGUGUUCUGUCUAUUGUCUUCCCUCUGCGGAACCAAUUCUUGCAUCCUACUGAUAAUCGUAAUCUGAAAAUAUUAUAAAUGAUUUUGUGUCUUUGCUGACGUCCGCUCUUGGAGGUUGUGUUGGUAAACAUGAACCAUUGAGGAAUGGCAUGUAAGGUCACAGUUGUUUCCACAUUUUAGUAUCCUCACUUUUGGGAAUUGACGGCUCAUUUUGUAGAGAGAGGAAUAGAGACUAUCUUUUGUACCACUUAGUAUGGAUAUUUUCCUCAGUAACAUAAACUACUGGCAUGCCAAGAUGUAGGUUUCUGAUUUCUUGCCCAAUACACGAUCUUCUAAUAUUGGAAAUAAGUUGUCAAUAAAGCGGUCUCUGUAUGACAAUGGA